AUGCUUGAGAAGUCAGUAGCAUAUAGUGAUUUUAUUUCUUUCUAUUUCGGAUUUCAUCGUGAACGAGCCGAGAACGUGUUGAUUGUUGAGCGCGAUGGUUGGAAGUUGGAUGUUGCUGUCAAAGAUGAAGAAGAAGACGAUAACUACCAGGAGGAAGUAGAAAUCGCCGACGAUUUCGACUUCGUUUUUUUGACCAAAACGAGCUUGAAUCUGAUGAGGAGCAACCUCAGGUUAAUACCGAUGAAGAAUGAACAAGAAUAA